CUUCCUAUGGCGUCCCCCGUCAAAUCGAGAAUAGUCAAUGUUGUACUUUUCAUUUUUGCAAUUUCUUUUCUAGUUGUACAAUGUACAGACACCAAAUCGAAAAAGAAGAAAGACAUUCGUGAUUACAAUGAUGCUGACAUGGCGAGACUUCUGGAACAAUGGGAGGAAGAUGAUGACAUUGAAGAGGGUGACCUCCCUGAACACAAAAGAUCCCCUCCCCCUGUAGACUUUUCCAAAGUGGACCCAUCCAAGCCCGAAGAACUUCUGAAAAUGUCCAAGAAGGGGAAGACGCUGAUGGUGUUUGCGUCUGUGUCAGGAAAUCCUACAGAGAAGGAGACAGAGGAGAUCACCAGCUUGUGGCAGUCGAGCCUCUUCAACGCCAACUAUGAUGUUCAGAGGUUCGUAGUGGGCUCCAACCGUGCCAUCUUCAUGCUGCGUGACGGCGGCUUCGCUUGGGAGAUCAAAGACUUCCUGGUGGCCCAGGACCGCUGCGAAGAUGUCACCGUGGAAGGCCAGGUGUACCCUGGGAAAGCUGCCAAGCCAGAUGCCAAGGGAAAAGAUCAGAAAGACGCCAAGAAAAAGACAGAUAAAAAAGCAGCCAACAAAGCUAGCAAAAGCAAGCAGGAGCUCUGAUGUGCCAGCUUAAUAGUUACCUCCCAGCAGCUUCUGGGAGACGUGAAGGGGAGCUGUGACUCAGCGAUUUCACAUGAAAACAGCUCAAGGGACACUGGGAAUGAAAGUCGUGACCGUCACUAGUUGGUCAACCAGACUAUUCAACAUUUUCUGUUCAAUAUUUGCUCUGUGAAAAUGCUUGGUUGUUUUUGUUACAGAAUCCAUUGAUGCAUUUACUGUUAAAGAUGAGUUGUACCUGGUACUGUUUUACAUCCUACACAUGAUAAUUUGUUGAUUUCUAAUGACUUUUUAAGGCCAUGUUUACCUGUGCUGAUAUCCAUUUUGCCUUAUUCGAACAGGAUAAAUGUAUCCAAUUUUUAAAUAGGGUACUUGGUAAUGACAGUUACUUUAUAAUUGCAUUACAAUUCCAUUUCUGUUUUCAGUGUUCAACUGUACAGUAUCCAAUGCACUUCUUUUUGAGUUUUCUGAGUUUGUAAAAUGUUCACUGUUUCAUGUCUACUGUGAAUGUCCUUUUUCCCUGUCACGCACACAACCAACGCAAAGGCGAACAAGCAUGUAAUUCAAGGUUUGGAAUGUGUGUGGGCUUGACCAAGGCUCAGAUUUGCUGUUUGAAAAUACAUCCGAUAAUCAAACUAUAAAUUAACCUACAUUAGGGAUUUCUUUCAUAAAACUCCUACAUUUGGUAAAUUAAUUUUGUUCUAAAAUUGUUUUUUGUAAUUGGAAGUUGAUAUUUCAUAGAAAAUGUGGAGUUUCAUUUACAUUUCUGUUCUAAGGUAAAGAAAAAUAAUGGUGCCAAACAUCCUGCUCUUCUGUGUUUUUAAAUCGGUAAUACAUCCUUUAAAAACAACAAAAACAAAAAAGAAAAUGCAGUUUUGCCAUUAUUUCAUCACUGGAAUCAUUUUUGUCACUGUGAUCUUGCAGUGUGCUGUUAGCUACAGAUUCUACAAAGCCAUUGUUUGAGAAAUUCUGCACAUUCUGUUCUAUGAUCUAUCAGUUCAACUCAAUCAGAUGAUAUUCAGCCAAUUCAAAAAUGAUUGCUGAGAAUUCGAUGAAAUAUUCUUCUGAUUACACACCUGUUAAGACAAUUCAAUGGAUGGUUUGGGUUGGAGAAAUGUACAUGUCCCCUGUGUCUCUCUGCUCUAGGCAAAUUAAAGCGGAAUGUUUUUCACAGACUGUUCAAUUGCAGUGCCUGGGAUCUACAACAUUGCUGUGGAACGCUAAUCCAUUCAUAAUACAAUUAAUGAUCAAUUAUCAUUUGAUAGUACGGUACAUAUAAAUCUGUAUGUUUCCAUCUCUGGUGUUGUGAACACAAAUGUAAGUCCACACUCCCAAAUUAAUUCACUAUUAAAAAACUACUACAGUGUAAGAUUUU